AUGCAGGUUUCUUCUGCUCAAUACUCUGAUCGCGCCGUGUUUGCGUGGUUGGUAGCAGGCUCACAGGUUCUGGGCGUGACGGCAGUAGUGCUGACUGGCGUAUGGAUGGGUCACUACCACGGUGGCUUUGCUUGGGACGGCACCCAACAGGAGUUCAACCUACAUCCUCUGUGCAUGGUUCUGGGCCUGGUCUUCUUACAAGGAGAUGCUAUUCUGGUCUAUAGAGUGUUCCAUAAUGAGCCGAAAAAGAAUGUAAAGAUGCUUCACGGUAUGAUUCACCUGCUCGCCCUUAUCAUCAGCAUUGUUGGUAUGGUAGCUGUGUUUGACUCCCACAGAGCAGCCAAUUAUGCAGACAUGUACUCCUUGCACAGUUGGUGUGGCUUGAUUACCAUUGUUCUAUUCUGUUUGCAGUGGGUCAUGGGUUUGUUGUUCUUCCUGUUUCCUGUCGCAUCGUCAUGGUUGCGAGCCACGUACCUCCCCAUCCAUGUGUUCUGUGGCCUGGUUCUGUUGGCUCUGUCUGUAGGAAGCAGUCUACUUGGUAUCACAGAGAAACUCUUCUUCAGCAUCAUGUCAUCCUAUUCGCGAUUUCCACCCGAGGGGGUUCUGGCCAACGUUUUGGGGGUCCUGCUUGUUUGUUUUGGGGUGCUGCUUUGCUACAUGAUCACUAAUGAACAGUACCGGCGGCCACGCAACCCUGAGGAAGAGUCUUUGGCGGUCCACUUCAAGACCCUGACUGAAGGUGGCUCACCCACCGAGCCCUAA